AUUUAUUAGGAGUCAAUAUUUUGCCAACGAAAUUUUGUCACGCGUGAGCGAAUAUGAAAAUUCGUUAAUUGAUAGUGAAGCUGCGGCUAAGAAGAUAAAACUAGUACGAGAAACACGUAGAGGGGCGUCUCGCGAUAAUUUGUGGCUUCAAAUUUCACGGGGCGUUUAGUGAAUCGAUGUACCCGCGUAAAAGUAGCUCUAGUCAGUUGCGCUAUCGAACGCGACCGAGUCGUGACUUCUCGUUGCCACGAUGAGAAUCUUAAAGACCUUAGUUUUGGUGCUUUUCUCAAGCUGUGUUCUCGCCGAUGAGAAAUGCAAGGACAUUCUGUCGCGAUCCGUGCUGAUGCGGCUCGAGAAACAUCUUUUCUGUGCUUACGACGCGUCCCAUCCUCCCGCCAAAGAAGGCGGUAAUGCCACCAGAGUUACAUUCGGAAUGAUACCGAGAAUAGCCAAUUUCGACGUAGAAACCGAUAAUCUCGAAAUUCACGCAGUCGUUUACAUGGCGUGGUCGGACGAACGUCUAAGUUGGGAUUCCGCGGUGUUCGAAAACACCACGAUGCUUUAUGUCCCGAUCUGGAAGGUCUGGAGCCCGUACUACGAGGUUCAGGGGCGCGGGGGCGGCGACGGUGGCGGUUCAAGUACAACACAAUGCGUCAUACAGUCUGACGGAGAUGUGUCUUGUCUCCCGAUGGAGACGUACACGACCAGAUGUAACACCGAUUUCUCACUUUGGCCUUACGACCGUCAGAAUUGUACUUUCGUCAUCGGAUCAUGGAGCUACACCGGCGACGAUAUCGUUUUUCACGAAAGCAUGGAACCGCCGGUGCACAUGGAUUAUUUUUUAAUGAAGAACGAGUGGAGAACCGUCGUGUCGAGAGCUGCUUACGAGAGGAAACCAGGCCAUUAUUGGAAGAACAAAACGACAUCGGUUCUGGCGAUCGAUUUCAUAUUGGAUCGUGUCAACGAUCACACGAGUGCCAUUUACAUAACACCUGGAACAAUAUUGAUGCUACUGACGUUAGUCACUUUGUGGCUUGAUCCAAGAUCCGUCGAACGUAUAACGUUGGCUUGUUUGAAUGUGAUCCUCCACACUUUGUGCGUCUCGAAUCUCCACUGGGGGUUGCCUCACAAUGGUGAAGCUCUUCCCAACAUCAUGGUUUAUUACAUAAACUCUUUCUUAUUGGCCUUCUUCGCGCUUGUCUCUACCUUCGUAUUACGGACGAUUCAAGAGCUCAAGCGAUCACCACCGAGAUGGAUUUCGUCGACGGCGACCCUCGUUUUACGCAGUAAAAUCGGCCAGUUGUUGUUGCUUUCCAUACUCGAUCCGAAGGCGUCCGCUGGCAUUGAAUUCGACGCCGAUGAUACCAGCGAUCUCGUCAACUCCGAACGGAAGGAACCGGCCUGGGGUUAUUUGAGCAUUUUGAUCGGUUGGCUCACAUUCAUCAUUUUCUUCUUCGUCUACGUUGUUAUGCACGCUAUUCUCAUGCCUAACGCACCGAUGGAACCGCCUCCCGAGGCCCACAAAUUUAUGUUCUACUUCUAGUCCGCUUGUCCCAAGUUUUCCUCUCGAUCGGUCCAUUAUUAUGACGCUGAAGUUUGCAACGUUGAAGUUCAACGAAAUGAUCUAAAAAACCCUCCAAUAUUUUCAGUUGUUCUUCUAUUUCGUUCCUUGCCGAGUUUGCAAUUCGUAGUUUCUCAACCUGCUUCGUGAAAUAAAAAAUUGGUGAAUUACAAAUGUUUUUUUCGUUCGUUUCGUUGGAUCUGAAUCGAUCGAGUGCGCAAUAAAAUUUCGUUCUUUCCGGA